UGCCUGAGGCAGGAAAUAUCUUGUGUGUGUGUGAGAGGUGAAGAAUUUGUGUGUUUUGGGACGUGUUGCUCUUUGCAUGACUGCUUUUCUCUCCACUCUCUGCUCAGACGUGUUGUGUCCCACCGACAACUCACUCUCCAAGGAUGCUCCAGUUCAAGCCAGCACCGGGUCAGUUUGGUCCAGAGGUCCGCGAGCCGGGCCUCCGGGUGUGGAGGGUGGAGAAGAUGAAGGCGGUGCCGCUGGAUAGCUCCGAGGUGGGGGCCUUUUAUAACGGGGACUCCUAUCUGGUGCUGGAGAACCGUGGUCAACUGGGAGCCGACCUCCACAUGUGGAUAGGUGAGAAGUCGUCCAGGGACGAGCAGGUGGCGGGCGCCAUGCUGGCCUGUCAGCUGGACAACUUCCUGAGCGGCGAACCCGUCCAGCACAGGCACACCCAGGGCUACGAGUCACCGGAGUUCAUGAAUCUCUUCCCCAGAGGGGUCAGCUACAAGGAUGGCGGCGUGGAGUCGGGCUUCAGGAGACCUCAGGGCUCCGGGACGGUGCAGAGGUUGUACCAGAUCAAAGGGAAACGCAACAUCCGUGCCAAGGAGGUGGAGCUGUCCUGGAGCAGCUUCAACAAAGGAGACUGUUUCAUCCUCGACCUUGGAGAGAUCAUUGUGUCGUGGAUCGGGUCGCAGGCCAACGUCUUUGAGAAGCAGAAGGUGCGUGAGAUCGCCUCGCUGAUUCGUGACACCGACCGACACGGUAAAGCAAAAAUUGUGGACAGCAGCGAGGGGGACGAGCCGGAGGAGAUGCUCAAGGUCCUGGGGAAGAUGCCACAGCUGGCAGAGAGCACACCGGAAGAGGACACCAAAGCAGACGUUUCCAACUCCGCCUCCCUGUACAAGGUGUCCGAUGCGACGGGCUCCAUGACGACGACCAAAGUGUGUGAGAAGAGCCCGUUUGCCAAGGACCUGCUGGUUCGUGACGACUGCUUCAUCCUGGACAACGGCGCCAACGGAAAGAUCUUCGUCUGGAAAGGUACCGGAGCAAAUGCUGAGGAGAAGCAGGUGGCCCUACAGAUGGCGGAUAACUUCAUUGAACAGAUGAAGUACCCCAAGAUGAAAACACAGGUGGAGAUCCUGCCACAGGGGAAGGAGACCAUCAUCUUCAAGCAGUUCUUCCAGAACUGGAACUAAAACAUUUCACGGGAACGUUUGACUAAAUCCUGCACGCGAGGGAGAAGAAGAAGAAGAAGAAGCUGUAUAUCUGAAAUCAGACAGCAUCUGAUACAAAACACAUUUUUUUAUAUGCAUUUACUUGUAUGGACAUAUUUGUAAGGUACCGUGCUGACAGAGCACACUGUAGGUUGUUUUGAAAUUGGUAGAAUAAGAGAUGUGAUGCCACUUUUAUAUAUGCAAACAAGUUUCCUCUGUUGAGAUUAUAACGAUUAUAAAGUAAAUGAGUUUUUUA